GUGCGUAACCUCAGAAGGCGUAGGCUGAAUAGUCGAUACCAGUAGCGUUUUCAUUCUUCCGAUGUUAGCGAUCAGCCUAACGGAGCCCCCCUCUGCAAAUCAUGGCCGUCCUCCCCCUCCUCCUCUGUAUCGGCCGCCGCCACCAGUGCCUCCACCACCAAAUUCGCACUUUUAUAAAUGCCAAAGUGAAAUGGGUACGCGACCCCUACCUCGACAAAGCCGUUGAGAAUGAGAAAAAUCUUAAACCCUUGCUCUCACUCAAAAAUCUAAUCAUGUCUCAACCCUCCGAAACCUUACCCCUCUCCUCCAUCUCCCCGCUAAAACCCCACCUCAAUCUCCCCACCACCGCCUCCAAAUUCGCCCGAAAUUACCCCUUAAUUUUCAAAAUAUUCAAUCCCCCGACCAAGAGGCCCAUGACCGCGUCCCAUCCUCAUGUUAAGCUCACCUCUAAAGCCAUCUCUCUUCACAACGAUGAAACCCUAAUCUUGAACCUCUCGCAUUAUAAGAAAGAUGUUGCAGAAAGGCUUGCGAAGCUUUUGAUGCUCACAAGAGCUAAAAGACUCCCUUUUUAUGUGAUUGACAAGUUUCAGUUUGAUUUGGGAUUGCCCCAUGAUUACAAAUUAAGCUUCUUGCCCGAUUUUCCUGAUUAUUUUAGUAUUUGUGAGAUGGGUUUUAAGGAUUUUAAUGGGUACGAGGCGUUUGGGUUGGAACUGGUGAGGUGGAGGGACGAUUUGGCGGCGUCAUUGGUGGAAAAGUUGGCUAGAAAUGAGGGUAUAAUGGGAAGUGAGUUACAGUUUUCGAUGAAUUUUCCUAGGGGUUUUGAUUUGGAGAAGAGGGUGAAGGACUGGGUUGAGGAAUGGCAGAAUUUGCCCUACAUUUCGCCUUAUGAGGAUGCUUUUCAGUUGGCUCCAAAUAGUGAUCAGGCAGAGAAAUGGGCGGUAGGGGUGAUUCAUGAGUUGCUUUCUUUAAUGGUGUCAAAGAAGAUGGAGAGGGACAAUGUGUAUCUGCUGGGGGAUUAUUUAGGGUUCGGCUUAAGGUUUAAGAGGGCUUUAGUACGUUAUCCAGGGAUCUUUUAUGUGUCCAACAAGAUUAGUACACAAACUGUGGUUUUAAGGGAGGCAUAUAGGAAGAAUUUCUUGAUUGAAAAGCAUCCAUUGAUGAAAAUGAGGUACAAGUACAUCAAACUCAUGAAUACUGUGAUGAGAAGAGGUAGACCGAUGCCAGAUAGUGUUAUGCAGCGCAGGAAGCGAUCAGCCAAUGCUGCUAAAGGAGGUAAAAGAAAAGAAAAGGGGGAUAAAUGGACAGAACAAAUGUCAAAGAUUGCAUGACCCCCGUUGUCAACCACGUUACUGGAACAGGAAAGAUUGAAGACCAAAUGGCAGCAUUGGUGUUGCUGUGCAGAGUUGCAAGUCAAUGAUUGCUGAGAGCAACAUCAGUGAUUAGGACAAUGACAACAGUACUACGGCACUAGUAGACUCCUCCAGAACUGAGAACAUGUAAAAGGAGGAAGCAGGCGUAUGGAGCUUCUGCAUCAGCUAAACAAGCAGUAAUUUCUCAGGUAAAAGAGCCAAGUUACUGUUUCCUUGAGGCUUGAGGAGAGUUGAGAAUCAAUGAAAGAAGGUGGAACAUGGGUAUAUCCUACAUGAAGCAAUCUGAGAAUGGAGCAGUUCUUUAUAAACCAUAGGAUGCUGUUCAGAUUGAAGACCGAGGAACUUAAAUGAUGAGGUCUCUCCAAAUAUGUGUUCAAGCAACGGAAAAAAUUUAGACAAGAAGCGAUUUGUGGGUAUUAAAAUGGUCAGAUGCAUAUGCAAAAACAGUACGAUAGAGGCCAUUCACUUAGGACGACAAAAGCAGUACAUUGGUAAUAUAUGAAAAGAAACCCUUCUACUGGUGACAGUAUGUGGAUUCGUAGACUCUUUUAAUAAGUUUAGAAAGGAACGAUUCUAGCCUACUAAGGGCAACCAUUUCCAUUGGAUGCCUUGAUAUGUAGGUGUUCCCCUCUAUACUUUUCUAAGUACUUGCUCGAUUAGCAUGAGCAAUGGCUAAAAAGUAUUCAGCAGCUCUAGAAAUAUUUAACUUCUAAGAGCACCAUAUGUAAGGUUUUUUCUAAUUGUAACGUGCCUCGAUUUCCAUGACCUUUUCUAAAAAUUGAUGUGGAGCCCUUGAACUUUUAAA